GAAAUAAAGAGCCCCACGAGAAGCCUCCAAACCAAAAAACCCAGCACUACCAAUUAUCUCUUUCCCCUUUUUAUUUUUUAUUUAUUUUUUAUGUACCGCCCUACAUAUUUAUUUUUAUUUUUCCAAUAAUUAAUAUCAAAGCAAUAAUCUCCUCGAUCAGGGAAUUGCCUGGUUGGAUUUUCGACUCGGAUCGGCCGGAACCAAACAGAUAAGUAGAAAAGAUGGAAUCUCAUGAUGAAACUGGAUGCCAAGCUCCAGACCGCCCUAUCCUUUGUGUUAAUAACUGUGGAUUCUUUGGAAGGGCCGCGACAAUGAACAUGUGUUCCAAGUGUUACAAGGACACGCUCUUAAAGCAGGAGCAAGCCAAUUUGGCUGCAUCAUCCAUUGACAGCAUUGUGAAUGGCGGCGGCAGCAGCAGCAGCAGCAACAUCUUCAUUGACCCAGUUGUUGCAAGUGUUGUCGAUGUGCAAGCUGUACGAGUGGAGACAAGUGUUGUCUCAACAGAAGCAUAUAUUGAAUCAUCCCCAAGCAUGAAGAUUGAGAUGAAAGAAAAUAAGGGACCAAGCAGAUGCACUACUUGCCGAAAGCGCGUUGGUUUAACUGGCUUCAAUUGCAAAUGUGGAAACACCUUCUGUGCAAGUCAUCGUUAUUCUGAUAAACAUGACUGUCCUUUUGAUUAUAGGACUGCUGGUCAGGAUGCUAUUGCAAAAGCCAAUCCUAUCGUGAAGGCAGACAAACUUGACAAAAUCUAGGAGUCGCGGGCGGAAGUGAAGAUCAAUCUAUUUGAGGAUGAUGAUUCUCUUUCUUGGCUUCUUGUCUGCAUAGGUCUCCUAAUGGUAAAAUUGCUUAAGGUCAUGAUAAUGAGGAUAUCAUUUAAGUGAAGUCUAUUCCUUGUUGGUGAAAUAUUUCUAAGCUGGCUCCACUGUCUUAAGUCGUUAUUAUUGUUGGUUUGAUGGAUGUCUUUGGAGUUAUUUUAGUGUGUUCUAUGCUUGGUAUGCAUUUCUUUAUCGCAGUACAAUUAUGCAAUGUAAUGCAAUGCAACUAAAAUUUCCUUAAAUUGUUUGUUCCACAUUUUCACAAUGUAUAUAUGUGCUCAGUUCAGAUUUGAAA